AUGUCGUCGAAACCGAGAGAACCUACGGCUCGGCAUUGCCCUUUAUGUGCGACGGAUUCAAAGUUCAGAGGGAGUGAUGUAAUUGAGAAAAGAGGAGAGAAGAGAGAUAGGAGAGUAGACGGUGGCACCGUCUCGCCGGAGAAGAGCCACGGCUGCGACAAUUUUGGAGAGAAGCUAGGGCUUGAUUCUCAUGCGAAUGUCCCAUAUCUUCGUCGCGACACUAUAGACCAGACGGAGGUUGCUAUCAGCACCUACUAUAGGGAUUCACAUUUUCCGGAGCUGGUUGAAACUUUAAAUGUGGUCGGCGAACAGUGCAAUUCAGAUUUAUUGGGAAGAUUUAGAGCAUCAUGUUUUGGGCAUUUCACUGAUUGGAGGCCCGGCGCGAAGAGCAAUAAAGCAUUACACCAGAUUGUAUCGAGGCAGAUUGUGUCAGAAGAAAAUGAGAUGUGCUUCUUUCUGUGCGGAGCACGAGUCAGAUUUUCCCCUGCGGACUACGCAUUAGUGACUGGGCUCAAUUUCGGGGGAUCGAGGUUCGAUGCGACGUUACAGCACGACUGCAGUCGCGUGGAGGCAUACCAACGAUUCUGCGGUACGCGAAGCAUGACCAUACAGUCGCUCAUCAAACGCGUGUGCGAUUUGGAUCGUCGAGUGGAUGAUGAGGAUGGGAGCCUGUACCUUCGUGCUGUCCUCGUGUGUGUGGCUCACACCCUUGUUCUUGGGUUGGAUACGCGGGUACAGCCGUGGCUUUGGGUUUUGGUGGAUGAUCUGGCUACAUUUGAUAGAUUCCCCUGGGGCGCGUAUUCGUAUAAGAUGUUAUGUCAUUAUACGAGAGAGACAGGAAAGGGCGAGAAGUAUCACUUCUACGGUCCUUCGUGGGCUUUAUAUGUCUGGGCAUUGGAGCGCGUCCCGGGCCUCGGACACAUGGUCGCAGCAUCUAGCGGUGAUCCGACAGCGCACCCUCGGUGUUUGAGAUGGACUUUCAGGGGUAAGCCCCGGCUUCACGGUCUGCGCGAUCUAUUCGAGGGACAGGGUGGUGUCCUGCCCCUGGAGCCCGAUGAUGACGAUCUGUCGAGUCACUACUUCAUAUCAGCGCUGACACCGGGCGAACUCUCGGUGAGCUUCAGGCCCCCCGACAACCCAUUAGCUCGGGGUGUCCAAUUUCCACAGCAGACCGGAGCCCGUGUUGUGGAGGAGCGCGGGGACGAGGAGAAUGUACCUAGUCAACCUCGUAUGACUCGCAGUCACAGUGUUCGGGGCCCUGUGAGGGAUGCUCGACCCCACGAGCCGGCUUGUCAUUCAGUAGAUCCGGGCAAGCGCCCAGCGCCGCAUACUUCUUCAUCGUCGAGCGGAUCUCGGUCUGUAUCCAGUCCCAGCGAGGGUGAGGUGGACCGUAAGUGGGUGAAGAAGACGAUCCGUCAGGAGAUUAAGAAGGCCUUCGGCAAAUUCGUGGAUAAACUGAAGGGCAAGGGUAAAAAGGAUAGGUGCAAGAAGAGCAAACAUUUCCCAGUGCCCGACUCCCCUGAUGAUGAUGACCAGCGACGGUCCCCUGAUGAUUACCAGCCACGUUCUCCUCCACAGCGACGGUCUCCUCCACCCAGUGCUUCAGGGCCCGACGCUUCAGGGCCAAGCGUUUCACGUUCCUGCGACGACGACCCCCGCGGUGAGGAACCAUCCAGUAUCCAGACCCAGGAUUACAACGAGCAGUGGCGGGCCAUGAAUCAGUCUGUUCAGGGCGACUACACACCGGCGGAGCAGACUUUUGACUGGUCGACCCAGGUCUACCCUCAUUGGUCUUCCCCAUUCCUGAAGCCGCAGUAUAGAACAGAGACCCCGAUAUUCUUUGCUGAACCGCUCACUUCUAUUGCACCACAUGAGUGGGGACAGUCCAGUUCGGCAGGACAGGCUCAGACGGAGGAGCCUGAGCCACAGGCAGAGCAGCCACAGGUACUGCUGCUGCAGCACCUAGAGCAGCCGCCGGCAGAGCAGCCGCCAGCAGAGCAGCCGCCGGCAGAGCAGCCGCCAGCAGAGCCCCCGCGUCGCAGUCAGAGGGUGAGGCGUCCGUCUAACUAUCAGCGAUCGCCUUGGGUUAAUAGCCAAAUGCCACGUCCAGUGACACAAGUCUGCAGUGACCAUUAUGAGAAGUGGAUGGCUAGGUGUCGAGAGGGUAGGGGUCGUGAGAUUUAUGUCAAGGCAAGUGGUGGUUUGCGGGAGUACGACGACUUCGCGCGGGUGGAUAAUGUCAGCCAGGAAUUCACAACUGGGGAUAUUGACUUGUAUUUCUUAAGCUUGAGAAAUAGACUUCGAGCUUCAGCAGAUUUACUGGAUGACGUAGAUAUGAAUAACACAAUCAUAUUAGACACGGAUUGGUUUAUAUACCUCCAGGGCGAGUGGGACGCUCUAUUGGAGAAGUGGGCAAGAAGUGAGUUUACUCCAGAGGAGUAUCAUAUAUUGACGCAUGGAGCAGUAGCUGAUGGUUGGCAGCCCCGGAUAGACUGGCUCUGCCAAAUACGUGGAAAAGCCGUUAAGGGCCAUGAACUUCCUCCUGGUCAUAUAGGAUGGAUGGAUGCCACACAGGUUCUCAUGCCAGUCAUAAUUGGCCACCAUUUUGUCCUAUGUCGGAUCCGGUUAGGAGAAUUGGUUUGCGAGGUCUAUGACCCAGUAUUCCACAAGCUAUCACCUCGACAGCAGGAUGGUCGAGUUGGUGAACUACUGCCUUUACUGAGAUUGUUGCCAAUUGUCCUUCAGUUGGCGAGGUGGCUAGACGACACAUCCAUUGAUUCGACAGUGGCAAAGGAGAAGUACCCACUUAUGACGGCGGUGUUUGCUCCAGCGGAGGUUCAGUUUCACCAGCAGGACUCUGUCAGCUGCGGGCCUUUCGUCUGCAUGUAUGCAGAACGACUGAUAUCUGGCUCUCCAUCCAUUGAGUGGGGUAACCACAACGUGGCGGCAUACAGGGCCAAGAUUGCUAGAUCUAUAUUUUCGUUGUGUGAAACUAGGAAAGCCCGUAUCACUAGACUUGGUUCUGCAUAGUUUUGUAUAUUGUUACAUUAAUGUGUGCUUCUAUU